GCUCGCGCUCCGCUCCGGCCCUCGCCUGCCGCCGAAUAAAGCCUGUGGACAUUUUGUCUGACAAAGUUAGAGCGUAAAUCCCAUACCGGCUCGGGGGGUUUAGAAUGCAGGCGGCGCUCGCUGGAGAUCCGGGCGGUGGCCGCAGCGGGGAGGCCCCGGCGCCUGAGGCGUCCGAGGCGCCGCUGGGCGACACCGGGAGCGGAGGUGCCCACACGGAGCGUGAGGGCGGCGCUGGCAGCGCAGCGCAAGUCAAUGUUUCAGGGCAAGUAUCUGAAGAGACAAAUACUGAAAUUGCAAUUAAUCAAAGGCAGUGUAAAGACACCUUCCAAGGAGUGCAAAAUGAGAAAGAAGUCAACUGUAUGUCCAGAGCAGAUCAAGAGAAUGAACAAAAAUCAGGUAUUGAUCAGGAGUCUGGAACCAGCUCAUCCAGUCAAAGGACAAAAGAAAAGAGGAGUGCUGUAAGAAUGACAAAAAAGAUUCUGCUAGACAUCUGUAAACAGCAGAAAUUAUACUGGACCCCGUACUUAAAUGAUACACUGUACUUGCAUUAUAAAGGAUUUGACCGACUGGAGAAUCUUGAAGAAUAUACUGGGCUGAAGUGUUUGUGGCUGCAAUGCAAUGGCUUAAGAAAAAUUGAGAAUUUGGAGGCUCAGACAGAAUUGCGUUGCCUCUACUUGCAACUCAAUUUAAUUGAGAAAAUUGAAAACCUUGAACCCUUACAAAAGCUGGAUUCCCUCAAUAUCAGUAACAACUACAUCAGGACCAUUGAGAAUCUCUCUUGUCUGAAAGUCCUGCAGACUCUACAGAUCGCUCACAAUAAGUUACGAACAGUGGAAGACAUCCAGCACUUGCAGGAAUGCCCAAGUAUUUCUGUUCUUGAUCUCUCCCACAACAAUCUAAGUGAUCCAAGUAUUGUAGCUAUUCUGGAGACCAUGCCCAAUCUGCAUGUGCUGAAUCUGAUGGGAAAUGAGGUGAUAAGGAAAAUUGCCAAUUAUAGAAAAACACUCACUGUUCGACUAAAACAGCUGACAUAUCUGGAUGACAGACCAGUUUUCCCAAAGGACAGAGCCUGUGCUGAAGCCUGGGCUGUUGGAGGGCUUGAAGCUGAGAAAGCAGAAAGGGAAAAAUGGGAAACCAGAGAGAGAAAAAAAAUCCAAGAUAGCAUUGAUGCGUUAGCAUCAAUUAGGCAAAGAGCACAGGAAAAGAGGAAACAAAAGUGCAUGGAAGGAGUUGCAACAGAUACCCAAGAAGGAACAUCUGCAAAUUCAAAAGAUGAUGAUGGAAAUUCUAAUACAUCAGAAACUUCAAAUAAAUCAGAAGAAGUUCAAGAAAAGAUUGAGAAGUUUAAAAAUGAGGGCUUUGAUGUUUGUAAUGAAAUGAUAACUCUUCUACCAAAUAGAGGAAGUAACAGAGAUUUCUCAUCUGGAAAUGUGCCUGAUGAAGUUCAAGAGGAUGCACAGGAACCAGACUCUUCCAAACAUGCACAUUCCAGCAGGGAGACAGACGAUCUGCCAGGACAGGAGGCAGCUACUGACAAGGCCGUGCUUCCUGAGAGGGAGGAAUAUGCUGAAAUUGAACAAUUCAAGCUGCAGACACUGGAGACGCUUUCUCUUGAAGAACUGCCUGAUUUAGAAGAUGUAGUUGUAAGUGAGUUUACCCCAGAAGAGGAAAUCUUUUUUCAAAAGCAGGACUAUCACCCAAAGAUUGAAAUAAUUUCUGAAGUGACAAAUGACAGCAAUUCUGCAUUAGAGGAAAAUAAUAAAAGCAUCCUUGAGAGUUCAGUAGAAGAAGUUCCAACAGCAAUUUUUUCAAAUGUAUGUCAGAACCAUAAAGAGCAUGAAAAGGAGCACUUAAGACCCCUUCUCAAAAGCUUCUUUACAGAGCCUGAUAAUUCAGAAAGAUACCUGGAGAUCAAAGAUAAAGAGGUAGUUCCUUUGAAGCCCUUGAUACAAGAGGUAAUCACUGAGCCCAAGGAUCAUCUGCUGUUGUCACCAGUCUGUCAUCAGCCAGAUGGCCCAAGCUCGUGGGAAGAGGAUGGGAAUGGCAGUGAUGGAGAAUCACAGGGCCUGGCUGAGGGGGAAGGAUGUCCUCUUAAAGCACAAGGUGACAAGGAUGAUGAGAGUGAAUUGGAUUAAUCACUUUGAAAAAAACAGACCAGUUCUGGAGCACAGUGCACUGACUGGAUGGAAAUAUUCCCAAAAUAUGGAGGCCAGCAAUUGGACCAUUUGUUAAAACUGACAUAACACUGUGAUACCAAAACUCACUGCCUUGGCUCCAAGGUCUUCAGGGCAGCUGCCUGUUCACUACUUUGAAAACUAUGGUUUGGAAGUUAAAUUCCAGUCUUUGUGAUAUUUGUGCCUUUGCAUCCUUCUCAAAAUGCCUUAGUUACAUGUUUUUAUAUCAGUUUCAUUACAGAUGUAGUUUCAAGUACAAUUCAGUGUGUUUGUCAUUUGACUAAAUAAAAAUUCUAUUUGUAAGCACAUGUAUUCUCACUUGGUGCUUUAUAUUUUAAGUCUGUACCAGUGUAUAUCAUAGCAGAUAGACUCCAAUGAUAAAUAGAGAUUGCUUUUUCAUAGGAUAUUUUACUUAUCUAAUAUUCCUUGGCAUUAUGAUUGUUUGUGCCUAAAAGAUGCAGAAAUAGCAUCCAUGCACAGUAAAUCUGGUUUUACCUUUUAGGGCAUCUGUAAUGAAACAUACACUUAUAUCUGCUGCUUUUAUGGUGUUUCAUUGAGAUGUGUCUCAGGAUCUGGAUUUUGAAUAUAGCCAAGUUUAGGUGAAUGUCUUUUCUCGUAUUUCUAUACAUCUCUAAUAAUUUUUAAUAAAUAGAAUUGAACAGUUGUUAUAGAUGUGCAAAUGUAAAGAAGUAAAGUAUUACUGUGGGCUUGUUAAAAAGAUGCAUUUCCUAUCACCUGGGCUUAGCUGCCAUCUGGUGGCAAGAGAACCAGACCUCACAGCAACAUAAAAUAAUUGUGAUAGCCCUCAGAGAGGACAACAGAAUUACUUGAAAUUUAAUUCCUUUUCCAUCUUG